AUGUCGCAACCUCCCCGCCCAGCAUUGAAACCAGGCGAUCGUAAAGAUUCCAGAGUCCGAUUCUCUCGUGAAGAGCUUGCACCGAUCCGCUCCGAUCCCUCAGACUUCUUACCCUCCCACGAUCCAGUUCAGCACCAGCACCAGAGGGCGUCGGUCGUAUCCACCUAUUCGGAUGCGCAGGAAGGUAUUGAUGCGGAAUACUACGAUUCUAAUUCUUAUCCUUUCCAUUCUGAGCCUGUCGAAUUGGGCGAAUCGGUCGAUACUGUCGAACCUACCCAGACGGGAUACUAUAGGGAAAUACCUGUUCAGGAAGACUACCAUGACCAACCUCAGCAUGAUGGGUACACCGCUGCGCCUCCACGGGUAGUUGGUGGUAGACGUUGGUCUUCUGCGCAACAUCGUCCUACGUUGGAUACCCUCCAUUCGACUGAGGAAGAAUACCACCAGCAGCAACAGAUGGCAACUUCUUCACCUAGAGGUUCGAUAGCUCAACAGGUUUAUCAUGAAGAUGCUCCAUCACCUUACCGCCCUCCUUCAGCCUUACGAUCAUCGCUCGUCCACAGAGAUCGAGAAAUAGUCAAUGGUAGUCCGAGGUCAGGAUUUUACACUGAACAAGACCUCCCGCCAACAAGUGGUAAUAGAAUCGCUAGAUCCUCAGCACCGAAUAUAGGUUAUACACCACCUAGAAGGAUGUUGGAACAACAUCGUUUCUCUGUACCAACUGGAUCACCAAAUAUGAACAUUGGAAGAAACCAGGAGGGAUUUUCACCUGGGGUGGGAAAUGGUAGGGGUACGUUCGGUGAGAGGGAAAGAAGAUAUUCACCUGUUCCACCAUAUCAACAAGAAGAACAUGAACAACGAAGAGAUUCUCAUGCUCCAGGUCAAGUUCAAGCUUACGAUGAUGGAAAAGAUAAAUUAUGGGUCGAAGAUCCUUCCAUGGAAAAACGAACAAGGAGUGAUUCAGAUGAGACGUUGUAUGGGGAACAAGAUCAGAAAGCCAAAUAUUCACCCAAUGUAAGGGGUAGACAGAGAAGUCUCAGUGAUUCUUCUAAACUCGUUGUACCCGGUAAAGAAGGAGGAAUGAGAAGACGUACGACAAGACAACUAGAAGAAGAUGACGAUGAUGCUUCCAGCUAUCAUGUGAAAGGUGGUGUAUUUUCACAAUUACUCAAAUUGACUGGAAGGACCAACACGAUGAGAAGGAGGAUAUCUUCAAGAUCUGGAUUUGGAGGUGGUGAGAGCAAGGGACCAGGAUUAUUACCUACGAUGAAAUCUUUAGGAUUAAGAAGGUUGGAUAGUACCGCUUCUACCACUGUCGGAGCAGAUGAGUUCGAUGAGAAUGAUCCGAGAGUGACGGGACAGAAGAAGAAACAUAAGAGGAGGAAUAGUCUUUCGGAUUUACCGUUCAUGAGAACUGGUACGGGGGAUAGUAUGUUGCCUGGGGGGAAGAGGAAGAGGAGAGCUAGUAUUCAAUUACAUGUUGCUGAUAUCCUCACUCGUCAACAAUUCGUACUCAAGCUCGCCAAAGCACUCAUGACUUUUGGAGCUCCCUCUCACCGAAUCGAAUCUCAACUAGGCGCUACAGCCCUAGUCCUCGAGAUCGACGCUCAGUUCAUCCACUUUCCUUCAAUCGUCAUAGCUUCCUUUGGAGAUAUGGACACACGUACUUCCGAAACUCAUUUCGUCAAAGUCCAAAAUGGUGGAUUGGAAUUAGGUAAAUUACAUAAAGUUCACAACAUCUAUAAAUCUGUGGUCCAUGACGAAAUGGAUGCUUCGGAAGGUACGAAAUUGAUACAUCAAUUACUUAAAGCACCUAUGGAAUAUAACCUCUGGCAAAGGAUGUUACUUGCUUUCUUGUGUUCAGGUUUAAUUGCUCCAGUAGGAUUUGGAGGGAGUUUAGUAGAUGGUUUAGCAAGUGGUGCGUUAGGGAUAUUGUUGAGUUUCAUGCAGUUGCAUGUGGCUAGUAAGAGUGCUAUGUACUCCAAUAUUUUUGAAAUAUCCAUCGCAACCGUCGUAUCUUUCACAGCUCGAGGUCUAUCAACAACCGGUAUAUUCUGUUAUCAAGCUGUAGCUUCUGCUGGUGUAGUCUUGAUCUUACCUGGAUAUACUAUUUUAUGUGGGUCACUUGAGCUGGCUUCGAAGAAUAUCAUGUCUGGAUCAGUCCGAAUGGUCUAUGCCAUCAUCUACUCGUUGUUUUUGGGAUUCGGCAUAACCAUUGGAUCCGAUUUGUUCUAUGUAUUCGAUCGUAACGCUCGACUAGCCUCUCAAAAUGCCGCUCGAGCCGCACAUUCUUACGCCGAAAUACACGGUUCUUUCAUAUCCGAUUCGAUGUUAAAUUUCACCUCUGCUACUACGGGCUUACCUAUCCCAAUGUUUAAUGGGACUUUCACAUUCUCCAAUUCGUCAACUGACCAAAUUACCUCGAAUCUUAAUCAGGGAUCGAUCAUCUGCGUUAGAGAUCCCGAUUGGCCAUGGUGGAGACAAGGAAUGCCACAGAUAUAUUUAAUCUUGUUCAUUCCUAUAUUCAGUGUUUUACUGAGUAUGUGGAAUAUGCAACCACUACGAUCAAGACAAUUACCAGUCAUGUGCUUUAUAUGUUGUAUGGGUUAUUUGACGAAUGCUUUGGCGAAUCACUACAUCUUCGAUAGGAGUGAUGUGGUCUCUGCUUUGGGGGCUUUCGUCAUUGGGGUCAUGGGUAAUAUCUACUCAAGAGUAUUCGGAGGAACAGCCUUCACCUCGAUGGUACCUGGUGUCCUAUUCCUCGUUCCUUCCGGUAUAGCAGCUGCAGGUGGUCUGGCAAUGACGACCAACCCACAUCACAGUGAUUCCUAUUCUCAGGGAUUAAUCAUUGGAUUUAGAAUGGUACAAGUAGCUAUUGGUAUCACUGUCGGUCUAUUUGGUUCUGGUUUGUUGAUUUAUUCGUUCGGAAGGAAGAAAGGUGCCGCGUUGUUUGCUUUCUAG